AUGUUAACAUUACCAGACAUUGUUAAAGAUUAUACAGCAUUGGCAAGUGAUGUUAUCGAUGACCAUUUUGAUCGUAUAAAUUGUGCUUAUUCUGUAUGGAUUUUAAUGUUUGCUGUGAUUGCAACAACGACUGCCGUCUAUGAUAAGCCUAUUCAAUGUUUUCAUAAAUUAGAUCAUCCAGAAAAUUGGGUACAAGGAUUAAAUAACAUUUGUUAUGCCAACGGAACUUAUGCUAUCCCUAAUUUUAACAUAUUUUUUAAAGCCUUUACUGAAAAUGGAAAUUUUGAUUAUCAGAGGAAUGAUGAUAUACUUAAACUUGUUAAAGAAUAUGAUGGUUUUAGUAUAAACUAUUAUCAAUGGAUACCUUAUGCAUUACUACUUCAAUCAUUUGCCUACUUUAUACCUAAAAUUAUAUGGAAUGUCAUUGUUAAUUCAAUGACUUUUGAUGUUCGUAGUCUACUUAACAAAGUAGGGGAAAUGAAUAAGCUAGGGGCUACAAUUACUGAUGAACAGGGAGAUGGUGUUAUUGCUCAUAUCUACAAUUUUCUAGAAUAUAGUUUAGAUUUACAUUUAUUUUCUAAAGAAAGUAUCAAAAAUUCUGUACUUGCUAUGGGACAAUUAUUAGUCAAAGCACUAUAUGUUAUAAAUGGACUUGGUCAAUUUUAUUUUAUGAAUUUUUUUGUCGCCAAUGGAAAUCAUUUAUGGGCAUUUGAACAUCUUUUUGAAUUAUUUGUAAUGUAUCCAAAUCCCCCUCAAAAAUAUUUUCCCUACAAUGCAAUAUGUAAUACUGGAUAUUUUAAAGAAACUUAUAUAUCAAAUAUUAAUAUUCAAUGUGUUUUAUCAAUGAAUAUGAUUAACUCAUACAUCUAUUUGAUUUUAUAUUUUUGGACAAUUUUUGUUAUCUUCAUGUCUUUUUAUAGUUUUAUAAGAACAUUACUGUGUUUUUUUAAUCUUGAAAUUAGAAGAAAUAUCCUAGUUAAAUGGCUUAAAAAUAAUAAUUCUAUAAAAGGAAUAACUAAAUAUAGUUUAUCAUUUGCAAAAGAUGUCAUAAAACAUGAUGGUUUUGUCUUGUUUUCACUAAUGAAACAAAACUCUGGAAAAAGAGUUACUUUUUCUGUACUUAGGAAAAUUUGGGAAACAUCGAUUGGAGAGUUAAAUGAUGAAAUAGGUAAAAAUUAUGGUGAUGCACUUAGAAAAGAGGCUAAAAUUGUAAAACGAAAAAUAUAA